GCCAUUUUCUGGCGCUGCUGCAAAUUGUAUCCAAGUGCUACGAACCUCGCUGGGAGGAGAAGGAAGAGUCCGAUGUCAAAUCAGAUCAACCCACAUGGACAAAAUGCAGCCCAAUAAGAUUAAAAUCACAGAUCUGAAUUCACAUCUGACUUGUCCCCUGUGCGCCGGUUACUUGGUUGAUGCCACGACCAUUGUAGAAUGCCUCCACUCCUUUUGUAAAACAUGCAUCGUUGCCUUUUUGGAGACAAACAAGUUCUGCCCUCGAUGCGACGUCCAGGUUCACAAGACAUGUCCACAGCUCAGCAUCAGAGCGGACAAAACUCUACAAGACAUAGUAUAUAAGCUCGUUCCGGGGUUAUUCAAAGAUGAGAUGAAACGGAGGAGAGAUUUCUACUCAGAGAAUCGUGUUCUGGAACCAGGGGAAGUGGUGGAGACGUUUAACAUUGCCGAAGAUGAAAUCAUCAGUCUGUCGAUACAGUUCUAUGAGAGAAACAAAACUAAUGAGAGGCAGCGUGCAGAGGUGGAUGGAGACAAGGCCAACGGUAAACGCUUCCUGCAGUGCCCUGCAGCCAUGUCCGUCAUGCACUUAGCAAAGUUCCUCAGAAGUAAGAUGGAUAUACCCAGCAACUAUAGGGUAGAGGUGUUGUAUGGCGAUGAACCUCUAAAAGACUACUACACACUAAUGGAUAUUGCCUACUUCUAUGAGUGGAGACGGACGGGACCCAUUCCCCUGCAGUACCUGGUCAAACCCACAAGGAAGCGUAGGAGGCCAUCCCAGUCUGCAGUCCAGGGCCACUCUGAUGGUAUCAACACCAGCCCGACCUCAGAGAGCGACUCACAAAGCGACAAAGUCCACAGUCCGGCUUCGGCCCAGAUACCCCGAGCCUCCACACAAUCCAGCCCUGCGCCUCACCUUUCUCCCGCCAUCCAGAACUCCAAUGGUACCACUGUGCCCAACAACACUCAGCGACACGCUCUCUCCUCCAAACAGGGAGCCUCCGCUCGGAAGGUGACCGUCAACGGCACAAGCUCGGCACCCUGCAAAGAGGAGGCCAGGGGAGUGGAAAAAAGCGGUUUGCCUCCUACGACCUAAUAUCUGUGCAUAACAACAGGGAGGACAGUGUUUGGAUUGCUCCCUUCUUUCGACAGAGCAAAAAUACUAACUGGAGCCUUCUUUUGGACGAGACAGUUUUCAUAUUUCACCAUGACAGACUGAAGUGUGCAGCCAAAUGUGUGUGUGAGUGUGUGUGUGUGUGUGUGCGCUAGACUAGAACAGUGCACACAUACGAACUGUACAGUAUGUAUCGAGUGUGGGCAUGUGUGCAUACAUAUGUAUAAACCUAUCUUUUAUACAAGACGUAAUCAUUUUGUAUUGUA